AUGGGCACCCAAAUGCCUACAUGUAGCGAUCGGACAAGGACAAACUGGACACCAGCAAUGGAGUGUUAUUUUAUUGAUCUUUUAUUAGAUCAGGUGCAUAGGGGGAAUAGGAUGGGCCAUACUUUCAACAAACAAGCAUGGACUGAUAUGCUGACCAUGUUCAAUGCCUAUUUUGGAUCCCCAUAUGAUGAAAAGGUCUUGAAAAGUCAUUACACCAAUUUAUGGACUCAAUUCAAUGAUGUAAAGAGUCUACUUGAUCAGAAUGGAUUUUCAUGGGAUGAUACUAAACAAAUGGUGGUUGCCAGUCAUCAUGUUUGGGAUGCUUACAUCAAGGCUCACCCAGAGGCACAGUUUUAUAGAAACAAAGCCUUGAUGAACUUCAAUGAUUUGUGCUUGAUAUAUGCACAUACAACAGCAGAUGGAAGAUACAGCUUAUCAAGUCGUGAUAUAGACUUUGAUGAUGACAUUCAAGGAGUGAAUACUGGUGUGUUUUUAUAUCCUGUCAUGGAUCAGCAGAAAUGA